UGUUUGCAUUGCAAGAUGUUUGCAGGAAUUAAAGCUGAGCCAGAUCUGACAAUAAAUUACAGGACAAGGAUCCAUGAAGAUGGAGGAGGCAGAGAACAAAGCAAGGUGAAGAUGUUAGACGAUGGAGAGCAGAAUGCUGAUGAUGGCUUACAAAAAACUGACUUUGCAGACAGAAACAACCAGAAGAACCUUGUGAGGAGAAGCGAUUUUACAGUUUUCAAGGUGUCCCUGGGAGUGAUGUACCUUCUGGCCCUGGCUACAGUCAUAAUACGCUUAACCUUGAAGAUGAACGAACUGAACAGCUGUUACAGUCAGCUGGAGACCAAACCUGUAGGUUUGCCCCCCCCUACAGAGAAAAUGUGUCCUGAUGGAUGGAAAAGAUUUGAAAGCAGUUGUUACUUUAAAUCCACCGAGAGGAAAACCUGGUCAGAAAGCAGGAAAGACUGUCAGGAAAGAGGAGCUGAUCUGGUGAUCAUAAACAGCAAAGAUGAACAGGAAUUUCUCAAGAAACUCACUAUGAAGGAGUUUUUCUGGAUUGGUCUUGGAAAGACGGAGGGCAGUGAAUGGAAAUGGGUGGAUGGAUCAACACUGACAAAGUUCUGGGGAAAGGAGCCACAACAUGGUGAAUGUGCAGUGUGCUGUGAUGAUAAAGGGGAAUGGGGAGCAAUAUAUUCCAAUUAUGGCAGGAACUGGAUCUGUGAGAAAUAAGAUUCCUGCUUUUAUUAAUAUAAAGUUCAUGUUGUGCCAUGAUUCAACUGUCAAAUCUAUUUUUACUAUUAGAAAUACAUCUGGCAACAACUGGUUCCACAAACUGACUAAAACAAGUCAAACUGCAGCCUGAUCAGAUGAAGACUGAUCAGCGCUUUGGAUAAAAGCCCUAUAUAAGUACAGACCAUUUACUAUUACCCUAACACGUGUCUUGUAGUUGAAAUGUGCUCUACAAAUAAACCUGCCU